AUGCCUGUCUCCAUCGAGGAGUUGGACGCCACUGUCCGGGCCUUCUAUGAGGGUCGCGGCGAGCAGCAAAAAGCUGCCCAAGCCGCUCUGAACCAGUUCAAAGAAGACCCUGAUGCCUGGUUGAUGGUCGACGAGAUCCUCUCGAAGGCGACUUACGAGCAGACUAAAUUCUUGGGUUUGCAGGUUCUCGAUAACGUGAUCAUGACAAGGUGGAAGGUUCUGCCACGGGAACAGUGUCAAGGCAUCCGUGACUUUGUGGUUCAGUAUAUCUUGCAGUGCUCAGCAUCGGAAGAGGCGCUCAGGGCUCACCGCACCCUCCUCAACAAAUUAAACCUCGUUCUGGUCUCGGUUCUCAAGCAGGAAUGGCCCCACAACUGGCCGACGUUCAUCAACGAGAUUGUUACUGCCUGCCAUUCGAGUCUAUCGGUCUGUGAGAACAACAUGACAAUUCUGCGGCUUCUCUCCGAAGAAGUUUUCGACUACUCGGCCGAGCAGAUGACAUCAACAAAGACCCGCAACCUCAAGACGACUAUGUGCAACGAGUUCUCCCAGAUCUUCUAUCUCUGCACCGAUAUCCUCAAAGGCGCAGAGCAGCCGAGCUUGAUCAAGGCAACCCUGCAGACGCUCCUGCGCUUCUGUAACUGGAUUCCUUUGGGCUACAUCUUCGAGACACCGCUGAUUGUGACCCUCCGGGAAAAAUUCCUCGAGCAGCCCGAGUACCGUAACCUCACAUUGCAGUGUUUGACCGAGAUUGGCGGCUUGCAAACAGGGGGCCCAGGCCAGCUCAACACGUACGAUGAACACUUGAUCAAGAUGUUCACCGAGGUUCUGACGUCCAUUUCCAACAUCAUCCCCUUGGAUAUGGACCUCAAGGCCGUGUAUCCGCAAAGCAAUUCCCGUGAUCAAGAGUUCAUACAGAAUUUGGCCCUUUUCCUGUGCAAUUUCUUUGGGAUGCAUCUGCCCUUGAUCGAGAACCUGCCCAAUCGGGACUUCCUCACGCACGGUCACUACUACCUCAUCCGAAUUUCCCAGAUUGACGACCGCGAGAUCUUCAAGAUUUGCCUUGAUUACUGGCUGAAGCUUGUUCAGGAGCUCUAUGAAGAGAUGCAGUCAAUACCGUUAACCGACAUGACGGCCAUGCCUUUAGGGGGCAUGGGCGGCGGCGCGCCCAACCCGGCACUACUUACAAACUAUCCUCUCCGAAAGCACAAAUAUAACGAAGUACUCUCAAACCUUCGUGUCGUCAUGAUCGAGAAGAUGGUUCGUCCGGAAGAAGUCCUGAUUGUGGAGAACGAUGAAGGCGAAAUUGUCCGCGAAUUCGUCAAGGAGACAGACACGGUUCAGCUGUACAAGACGAUCCGCGAAUGCCUGGUCUAUCUCACCCAUCUAGACGUUGUCGAUACUGAGCAAAUCAUGACCGACAAACUUGCCCGGCAGGUAGACGGGUCCGAAUGGUCGUGGCACAACUGCAACGUGCUUUGCUGGGCCAUCGGGUCGAUUUCCCUGGCCAUGAACGAAGAGACAGAGAAGCGCUUCCUCGUCACAGUAAUCAAGGACUUGCUGGGACUUACAGAGAUGAAACGGGGAAAGGACAACAAAGCCGUUGUCGCCAGUAACAUCAUGUACAUUGUGGGCCAGUACCCACGCUUCCUCAAGGCACACUGGAAAUUUCUGAAGACGGUUGUCAACAAACUCUUUGAAUUCAUGCACGAGUCUCACGAAGGUGUCCAGGACAUGGCAUGCGAUACGUUCAUCAAGAUUGCCAAGCAAUGCAGGAGGCAUUUUGUUGCGCUUCAGCCGAGCGAGAAUGAGCCCUUUAUUGAGGAGAUCAUCCGGAAUCUCAGCAAGAUCACUUGUGACCUGACCCCCCAACAGGUGCACACAUUUUACGAGGCAUGUGGCUACAUGGUUGCUGCACAAGGGAACAGGAACCAGCAAGAGCGCCUCCUGGCCGAUUUGAUGGCCAUCCCGAACGCGGCUUGGGACGAGAUCAUCAGAUCGGCAACCGUGAACCCGUCUAUCCUGCAAGACGCCGAAACGAUCAAGGUCAUUGGGAAUAUCAUGAAGACCAAUGUGUCUGCUUGCUCCUCCAUUGGGACCUAUUUCUUCCCUCAAAUCGGCCGGCUAUACAAUGACAUGCUCCAGAUGUAUGCUGCCACAAGCCAGCUCAUCUCUGAGGCGGUUGCUCGCGAAGGCGAGGUUGCGACCAAGAUGCCCAAGGUCCGCGGUUUGCGGACCAUCAAGAAAGAGAUAUUGAAGCUGGUCGAGACGUUUGUUGACAAGGCGGAGGACCUGCAGGCUGUGCAGACCCAGAUGGUGCCUCAGCUGCUAGACUCUGUCCUUGUUGACUACAACCGCAAUGUCCCUGGGGCCCGCGAUGCCGAGGUGUUGAAGUGCAUGACAGCGAUGAUCACCAAGCUCUCGGGUUUGAUGGAGGACCAAGUGCCGGUCAUAAUGGAAAACGUCUUCGAAUGCACCUUGGACAUGAUCAACAAGGACUUUUCCGAGUUCCCAGAGCACCGCGUCGAGUUUUUCAACCUCCUUCGGGCUAUCAAUCUCCACUGCUUCCCUGCUCUCUUGAAGCUCGACAACCGGCAAUUCAAGUUCGUCAUUGAUUCAUGCCUGUGGGCGAGCAAACAUGACAACCGCGAUGUGGAAACUGCAGGGCUUAACAUGUGCCUGGAGUUGGUCAACAACAUCGCGGAGAAAACGGACGUCCAGACAUCCAAUGCCUUCUUCAACCAAUUCUUCAUUACCAUUCUGCAGGACGUCUUCUUCGUCCUGACUGAUCAGGAUCACAAGGCCGGCUUCAAGACGCAGUCGAUGUUGCUCAUGCGGCUUUUCUACUUUGCCCACCCCGCCGACGGCACGCAGCCCAAGAUUCAGGGGCCGAUUUACCAACCCGAUCAAGCACAACCUGGUACGAGCAACCGGGAGUUUCUGGGCACGUUCGUCAGCACCCUGUUGCAGAACGCAUUUUCUAACCUCACGCCGGUCCAAAUCACGGCAUUCGUCGAGGGACUGUUUACUCUGAAUACGCAGUACGACAAGUUCCGUCUAGCGCUCCGUGACUUCUUGAUAUCGUUGCGCGAGUUCGCGGGCGACCAUGCGGAGCUUUACCAGGUUGAGAAGGAACAGAUGGAGCGGGAUGCCAGAGCGGCUGAGCUUGAGCGCCGCUCCAAGGUGAGCGGCCUGAUCAAGCCGUCGGAGCUUGAAGACGAUGAGCUGUGA